AGGGGGUACCAUUUCCCGCGCUCUGUUGUUGAAAGGGUUUGUGCAUCUCGGAUAUCGGCUGUUGUUAUUCGACGAAGAAAGUUCGCAAAUAGUGACCGUUAUUUUCGUGUUCCCUCUAGCAGCCCUUCUCGAUGACGCCGGUCAAGUAACGGAAAGAAGAAGCGAGCCGUUAGUUUGGAAGCAGGAGUCGCCGAGAACAGACGUACCCCUCGCAGGACAACCAAGAAGGUUAGGAUGGAAGAGACUCAUUCGAGAAGGAAAAGUUGGGUUGAGCUGCUUGAGGAUGAAACUGAUACUCCGUCCUCCAUAAAAAUUGAACCAAUAGACGAAUCAAAAGAAAGUGAAACAUUUUUAGAAAAUGAACCUAAAAUUGAGGAAGUGAAAGAAGAAAAUGUAUUUGACGACACUACAAAAAUGGAUAUUGACUUAAAUUCUAUUAAAAGCGAAUGUCCAGAUUCGUCACAUCCUGUAGUAUCAUCUGAUCAUGCUCAAAGUGACACUGUCUAUAUUAAAAGUGAACCCGUGGAUGAUGCUCUCCUGGGUUCUGAGCCUGGCUGGAGUAAAUUGGUGGAAUCAGCCUCUGAAGAAAAGGUCACCCCAGGCAAAUUCACUUUUGCUCAAAUAUGUGCAAAGACUUCCAAUUCGCCUUCUGUAGCGGUUACCAAAGAGGAACCUCCAAGUACAGACUCUGAAAGUACUAGCAGCAGUUUUACAUCCCCAGAGAAAAGAGGGAGGAAGAGAUCCCUUUUUCCUGAUGGGCUCCAAACAAAAGAGAGCUUUGGCAUUUUGGAUGAGAAGACAAUGGAAAGCCCGUGCAAAGAUAUACGUGAAAUAAUGACCAAUAUUCAUAUGGAUUCCCCACUAAAGCAAGAUGAAAACGAAGAUACUUCUGGGGUGCAUAGGCCGAGUCCCUGGCGAAAGUCUCUGGCUAAAUGUGGCGACUUAAGAGAUGCGCUGCGGAGUCCAAAUAAAGGUGAUGGAAGCCGAAAGCGAACUAGAGAGCACAGUAAAAGUACUGAGAGCCCUGCUAACAAGAUCGCACAUGUUUCUACAAGCCCAACAAACAAAACCAAUAGUCCCAAGCCUCGAGGGAAACUUCAAUACGAAAAAGACAAAGAGACUCUAUCUAGACGCCAGAAACAAAUUGAAUAUGGAAAGAAUACUCUGGGAUAUCAAAGAUACAUCCAGCUUGUUCCCAGGGAAAAACGUGAAAAACGCCAUCCAAAAACUCCUCCCCGACAUUUGAGGUAUAGCAGGAGAGCAUGGGACGGUUUAGUAAAAGUCUGGCGUCAAAAGUUACAUUUUUGGGACCCUCCCAAGGAUGGGGAAGAAACCCCUACAGAGCUACCAGAGAGCUGGGAUAACAUGUCUGAUGAUUGUUCAGCCUCCAUGAGUGAUACAACAUCAGAGCGUUCUAUCCCUUCAACCCCACAGUCUGGUCGAAAGUCAAGCAGGAAAUGUUCGCAGUCUGAUUCUGAGUGUGAUACUAAAACAAGUGUGACAACUUUCAGGAGCAAUGUUGACAGUGUGUCUGCAUAACUGCUCUUACAAACUGUUGAAUCCACCACCAUUUUUUGUUGUGUUUCAUCACUUCUCAUUUGUGUUCCUAAGAGGCCCAAUUUGAUUGUUUGAAAAAUUCCAUCACAUGUGAUUGUUUUCUGUAAUGUUUGACAUAAUUCAUCGCCUCCCAUUAGGUAUGGGCAUUUGAUGUUUUGGUUUUAUUUUAAUUACUCUGGUCAAGUUGAAUGAAUGUCAUUGAGCCUCAUUGUGCCAAAGUUAAUCUCGUGGUAGAAGGCAAGAGUGCCUUGUCAUCUGUUUUUAUUCUUCUAACUAUUUUUUGAAUAUUGAAGUCAGUCUACAAGAUGUGGUUUAUCUAGGCCCUGUGAGGCUUCAAUCGGAGGAAUGAAGAAAAAAUGAAAUGGUGCGUGCAUGUGUGAGUUUCCGUAUGUGUGAUUUCGUUCAAUUUUAUUUAAUUAUUUACAUAAUAUCCUACCUAUUAAAUUAAGUGUGUUUCUA